UUGAAACCUUUAAAUUAUUGGCAGAACAAUGUACAUAAGAUUCUAAACGUAGAAGUCGCAAAAAAGAAGGACGGUAUACAUCAAUCGAUAUGGAUCAACGUUUCGCUCAGCAUGUAUUUUUUUUUCUAGAUUUUUUAACACCAGCCAACGUCCGAAAACUAAUUGAAAUCUACGAUGGUAUAUUUGACGCCACAGUUGCUGUCAACCGAUUUUAUUCGAUCACUCUGCCGGUUUCUGUACUAAACUGUAUCAUAUGCUUAAUCAUAACGCCGUUCGUCCUCUAUCAGCAGUUGAUAAGCGUAAACGUGGAAAAGUUUGUAUACACCCAAUCGUUUUGGAUGACUUGCCACGUCCUGAGAUUGCUGCUUAUGAUCGAACCGUGCCACUACUGCAAGGAAGAGGAAAAAGACAUUCGGCGAUUGGUGCUGAAACUAAUGAACGUGGGGUUCGGUAAAGAGGUACAGACGCAGAUGAAACUAUUGUGGAUUAAUUUAUUCGAGAACAACAUUGACAUUGGGCCGGGACAUUUUGCUACGUUAAGUCGAGGUCUCAUACCAACUAUCAGUGCUUCGGCAACUACUUACUUGAUUGUCCUCUUUCAAUCCAGGUCAUCAAAGUGAUCUCUGCAGUAGCAAAUGUGUUCGUUAAACCAAAAAUAGGACGUUUUUUAAUAAAUGUUAGUCACAAAAUUCAAUUGUGGAAUAAAUAUAUCAUAGCAUUAA